UUCUCAUUCGAAAAAAACAAACACAUUAUGAUUUUAAAAUGAUGCUUGUCUCUAAAAAAGGUUUGUUUGGGACCUUUUCUCAAUUAUAUUACAUUCCCCACAAACCCCAACAUCAAACCCAAUCAUACAAUUCAAGAAACUUACAACAAAGGGGUUCUCUUGUGGGUUUGUUAUGCAUACUUAAAAGGGUAGGAGCUAAUUCCCUGCAAACUUUAUCCGAAGAUCUAUAGAAUAAAACAGAAAAAUAAAAAUAUAGAUAUAGUGGAGAAUGGAAUGAAAAUUUUUGUGGUUUUGAUUUCAUGUAAGCUGAGAAGGGUUUGAUUGUGAAUCUUAAAAUAUGUUAUGUGGAAUGGUUAGAAAGAAGAAGAAAACAGGGACUCCUGUGUAUAUAAAUGUGUAUGAUCUUAUGCCCGUUAAUCGUUAUACGUAUUGGUUUGGCCUUGGUUUUUAUCAUUCUGGUGUUCAAGUUUAUGGGGUUGAGUACGCAUUUGGUGGUAGCGAGAGUUCAAAACCGGGGGUUGUUAAGUUGGAACCAAAACAUUUCCAGGGCUUACAUGUACGGAAAUCUAUACUAAUAGGAAGAACAGAACUUGGUGAAAAGGAAUGCCAAGAAUUUAUAAAAAAGGUAGCCAAGGAGUACCCUGGAAAUAGUUACAACAUUAUUUACAGGAACUGCAAUCACUUUGCAAAUGACACGUGUAAACGGUUGACCAAAAAGUCAAUCCCAAGAUGGGUCAAUCGACUAGCUCGACUCAAUUUUAUGUAUUCUUGUCUGCUGCCGGAUGGUUGGAACGAAAUACCACCUAGACCAGCAGUGGUUGCGGCUACACGUAAUGGCAAGUAGAAAUAUGGAAGCUGAACUAAAUAUAGGUCUAACCCGACCCGGUCCUAACCUAAUCUGCACAACGAUUGAUCUUUGUGUACAAGAUGGAAAUCAUACAAUGCUUGAAAAAUGAAAUGUGCUAUAAAUGUGUAUAUUCUUUUUUAUAUGUAAAGAAAAUGAGGUUC